UUGAAACAGCUCAAAGUCUCUCUGGAUCAUGAACCUCAUUUACCUUCUCCACAGUUUAGCCUAGCUUAGCCAGUCUGCUACUGCUCUGGACCGGUUUUGUGUUGUAUAAACAUCUACAUUGCCCCAAUAUUUUCUAAAAGCGUUUGUAAACAUAAAACAGCGCUGGAAAUUGGGGUUUAUGUUAUAGUUUUAUCCGUCCACCGCAACACAACUCGACAUUAGCCGCCGUACUGAAUCUAAACUGGUCGACUAGCUGUUAGCAAGCUAACAAGCCAGAGAAGAGAAAGAAGUUUGGACAGUAUUAAGUCAAUUUUCUUCUGCGUUUGAAUUGGAUUAUUUGGGAAGUUGUGUGGUUGUUUGAACGAUUACAGGAAUGCCUGCAGCGUCUUUGAAGACUCACCUGCAGAUCCCGAGCUCAGGCGAGCAGAGCCACUUUUGAUGAGAUUCUGGGAGAACCACACUGUCAACCAGAGGUGAACUCAAGGAGGCUAGAAUGCUCUGGGUAUGAUCUGUCUAGAGCAUCCAGUGCCAAAGAACAAGAAGCCACCUUCAACAAGUCCAAAAACCAGAAUCUUUUCUGCACGGGAUCAGGAGAUAAGGGCUCAGAGAGGGUAGAGAAGGGGCAAAGAGGUGUUGGGCAGGGGGCCGCUGGUGCAUGUGGGGGCAGUGCACAUCCCUUCCUGGAGAGUGGAAGCCCACCUCGCCCAUGCCGUCCCCUGCCCAACCCAGUCUCACCACCCUUUGCAAUGGUGACAUGAGCGCAUACCUUACGGAGAAGCCCAAUUUCAACCCAUCUAUUUUGUCUCUUUGGAAAAAACAUACAAUAGACUUGUAAAUAGAGGACUGUGUCUAUCCUGAUUGGUGUGGUUGUAAGGUGAUGAUGCUGAUGUGUGGACGUGUGAGACGGCUCUUCCGUCAGCUCACGCUGCAGACCAGCCUGCUGCUGCUCUUCAUUUUCUGCAUGGUCAGUGUCCUCAUCUCAGCCUAUUUCUUGUAUGGCGUUAAACGGGAGCUCGAACCCGCAGGAGUUGGAGGUGUGGUGGUCCCAGAAGAAGGUACUGCUGAUUGGGAAGAUCCCCGGGCGACUCCUUCCCCUCCGUCAGCAAGGGUGCUGCCAGCCAGAACCGCCAAGCCAGCAGACAUGUCUCGAACCGACCCUGUGGUUCUGGUGUUCGUGGAGAGCUUGUAUUCCCAGUUGGGCCAGGACAUCGUGGCCAUCUUGGAAUCUGGGCGAUUUCGAUACCAGACCGAGAUCGCACCUGGGAAGGGCGAUAUGCCCACACUCACAGACAAGAACCGGGGUCGAUUUACACUUGUCAUCUACGAGAACAUUCUUAAGUAUGUCAACCUGGAUGCCUGGAAUAGAGAGUUGCUGGACAAGUACUGUGUGGAGUAUGGCGUUGGCAUCAUCGGCUUUUUCAAGGCUAAUGAGAACAGUUUGCAGAGCGCCCAGCUCAAGGGCUUUCCUCUCUUCCUCCACUCCAAUCUGGGUUUACGGGACUGUAGCGUCAAUCCCAAGUCUCCACUGCUGCUCAUCACCAAGGCCCGGGAGGUAGAGCACGGUCCCUUACCUGGGGAUGACUGGACGGUCUUUCAGUCUAACCAUACCACCUAUGAGCCUGUGCUGUUAGCUCGGGGACGGAGUACAGAGGCCAGUGGAGCUCCUGGACUCCUUCAUGCAGCUGUGGUUCAGGAUUUGGGUCUUCAUGAUGGCAUCCAGCGGGUACUCUUUGGCAACAACCUGAACUUUUGGCUGCACAAACUGGUACUGGUGGACGCAGUGAGUUUCUUGACUGGCAAACGUCUCUCAUUGGCUCUUGAGCGCUACAUACUGGUGGAUAUCGAUGACAUCUUUGUUGGGAAGGAGGGCACAAGGAUGAAGGUGUCUGAUGUCAAGGCCCUACUGGAGACGCAGAACGAACUCCGAACACACGUGCCCAAUUUCACCUUCAACUUGGGAUUCUCUGGAAAGUUCUUCCAUGCUGGCACAGAUGAGGAGGAUCUUGGAGAUGACCUGCUUCUGUCCUACAGUAAGGAGUUCUGGUGGUUCCCCCACAUGUGGAGUCACAUGCAGCCACAUCUCUUCCACAACCAGUCUGUGUUGGCUGAACAAAUGCUGCUCAACAGAAAGUUUGCAGAGGAGCAUGGCAUUCCCACAAACAUGGGUUAUGCGGUGGCUCCCCAUCACUCUGGAGUGUAUCCCAUCCAUUUGCAGCUGUACGAGGCCUGGAAGAAAGUGUGGGGCAUCAAAGUGACCAGUACAGAGGAGUAUCCCCACCUCAAACCCGCACGCUUCCGCAGGGGCUUCAUACACAGUGGCAUCAGUGUGCUGCCCAGACAGACCUGUGGUCUCUUUACUCACACCAUCUUCUACAAUGAGUAUCCUGGAGGCUCUAAAGAGCUGGACAAACUCAUAAAUGGAGGAGAGCUUUUCCUAACUGUGCUUCUCAACCCAAUCAGCAUCUUCAUGACCCACCUGUCCAACUACGGGAAUGAUCGUCUCGGCCUGUACACCUUCAAGAACCUGGUGAAGUUCAUACAGAUGUGGACCAACCUGAAACUGCAGACUCUCCCGCCUGUACAGCUGGCGCAGAGAUAUUUCCAAAUUUUCCCUGAGGAGAGGGACCCCAUCUGGCAGGACCCCUGUGAGGACAAAAGACAUAAAGACAUCUGGUCUAAAGAGAAGACCUGUGACCGUUUCCCCAAGCUGCUUAUCAUUGGACCUCAGAAGACCGGAACUACUGCUCUCUAUCUGUUCCUGGGCAUGCAUCCCGAUUUGACCAGUAACUACCCCAGCAAGGAGACCUUUGAAGAAAUCCAGUUCUUCAACGGCCGAAACUACCAUAAAGGCAUUGACUGGUACAUGGAAUAUUUCCCUCUACCCUCCAACACUAGCUCAGAUUUCUACUUUGAGAAAAGUGCCAACUACUUCGACUCAGAGGUCGCGGCCCGGCGAGCAGCUGCUCUUCUGCCCAAAGCCAAAAUCAUCACCAUUCUUAUCAACCCAGCUGACAGAGCCUAUUCCUGGUAUCAGCACCAAAGGGCUCAUGAUGAUCCUGUGGCUCAGAAAUAUACAUUCCAUGAUGUCAUCACUGCUGGGCGGGAUGCGCCCAUCAAACUGAGGGUCCUGCAGAGCCGUUGUCUAGUGCCCGGACUUUACGCCACACACCUACAGCGCUGGCUCACACACUAUCACCCCAGUCAGAUCCUGGUCCUGGAUGGACAGAUGCUGAGGACAGAACCAGCUUCAGUGAUGGACAAAACCCAGAAGUUUGUAGGCCUGACAAACACGCUCAACUACCACAAGAUUAUUGCGUUCGAUCCGAAGAAGGGUUUCUGGUGCCAGCUGCUAGAUGGAGGGAAGACCAAAUGCCUGGGGAAGAGUAAAGGGAGGAGAUAUCCUGAUAUGGACGUUGAUUCCCGGACCUUCCUGAGAGAAUAUUACCAUGAGCACAACAUAGAGCUCUCCAAGCUGCUGUACAAAAUGGGCCAGCCGCUGCCUAGCUGGCUUAGGGAGGAGUUGCUCCACAGCAGGUAACCUGAAGAGGGGGGUGGGGACACACUGGUCAGACUCGGACACCCCUCCUUCUGCUCUUGAGGGUACUCGCCCUCUCGUCCACCCCUGUAAGCCGCCGGCCACAGUGGUUGGUCAAGUCUCCUCCAGCGGCUUUGCGGACCUUCAGUUCGGAGAACUGAGCUUCUAGAGGACAAGACGGAGAGGUAGAGAAAGAUGCCCUUAGGUGCGCUAGUGGCUCUGUUCUGUUUUGGAGAACAGUGAUGUGCCCAGGACAUAGCCCUGGGGUACACCCGCUACAAUCCUUGGCUCGAACAUAGGAUCACAACGGGAGGCUUCCAAAAGACAUUCUACUUGUCUGGUGUGUUGAAGUGCCAGGAAGACAUAAUGUCAGAACAAAUGGACUUGCAAUAUGGGAGAGGAGGGCACAUAUUUCUUUUGAGCUGUAGGACAUACACAAGUCCGCAACAGAUAAAUAAGUGCCAGGGUGGUACCUUAAAGUCAGACUUUCUUUGUUUUCUUGGUUAAAUAUUCUUUUAACACUCAUUUCAUGUGUUGUGUUCCACAACACAAGGCUAUUCGCCUUGUAGUUUCAUACCUCUGUUUUAAACGGUUUUUAUUUCAUAGGAUAUUAAACCCAUUCGUUACAGCUGCACCCUCCGGGCUUAAAAUGUGACAUUUAAAGGUGAAAUUUCAUUACGAUGUAUUUAUGGCUAUUAGUUGCGAAUCCACAGGACAGCUUAAUAAUGCGUGAUAAAUUGUGGUACUAAAACACAGAUAAGCUACAUCCAUAAUCAAUGUGACUGUAAAUAUGAAACUGUAAAAAAGCUGGGUAUGUUUUUGGCCUGUUAUAUGUGCAGUAACUGCCUUAAUGCAACUUUAUCAAGCCAAUUACGGUUAAAUUCACUGAAGUAUACAAGCUGAUGUGUUUUGACAGGCCUCAAGGGGCUGAUCUUUUUAAUCUUAAUUCGAAUGAUGAAUGUCGAGAACUGAACCCAUGUGUUAUUUUGGCAAUGGCAUUAUAUCACAAAUCUCACUGGAGCGUUAAGUAAGGGUAUUGCAGUUUUAAUAGUGAUCCAUAAAACCUGUCCGCCAAUAAUCCUUUUAUCACCUUUUUUUAUCUUGUUUUAAUGAAUGUUUUACCCUUUUUCAGUUUUGAUGUGAUUUGUUUAGCAUAUCACAACAUCUAAUCACUUUUCAUUCAGGGUUGUCAUCAGAAUGUGUCCAGGAAUGUAUUGCCUCUGCCAAGAGACCAUUUUAAAAGGCCAUUUUAUAUGACUUGUGUUCUGUAGGAACUGUUGACUGCUACUGAACCGUAUGAAUUACACCCAUGAAUGUAAGCAGGGAUGCUGUAUAAUAGACACGAUGCCUUUUCGGUGGCAGGCAGGGCGAUCCACGGAAAGUUCCACAAAGCCCCUUAACCCAGUCGCUGGGGCUGAAUUAAACCACUGCGCUAAUGGAUUUCAUUUCUCUUGCUGCUGAAAUGAGAAGUCAUGAAACAAACCCAAAUCUAAUUUUAUGUAUAACAAAAUUAAUUGGAUUUAAUUUCGUUCCCUUCUGUUUUUCUUUCGUCUUUGAAAAGUUUUUGUGCACUUUCUUCCGUACUUCCAUGCACAAUUACAUCAGACUCACUUCACGCAGCAUAUAUCAGUCUCCUCUAACAGCUGUGUGCCUCUACAGUCAUUUGGCGUUUCGAUUCAAGUGCAUCCUUUGGUCAAGCAUUUUCAUAACACUUGUGAGUUCUGGGGGGAAAAAGGCACCAAAAAGUACAAAUUGUUUGAUGAUUAAUCACCCCUGAUAUUCCCUGCUUUAGGAUGGACACUUGGGAAGGGGUUUGGCAAUAUUACAGAUGGAGAACUGACAGUAUCUCAGAGCGUUUAUUUUCUAUAAUACAGAUUUUAUUUGUAAAAAUUGUGCAACCCUUAAUUCUUCAUUGACCUAAACGUGUGAUGCUUGAGAAGCACAAUGUUUGUGUUGUUGACCAAGGAAUGGAAAAGCAUACAAUGCAUAUCUUGUGUGCAAGGAUAUCACUUCACACACAGAUAUUUGCACCAGUCCACAGGAAGACUUUUGGGUCCACAGAGCAUUUUGUAUUACCAGUAACUUUUACAGAUAGUUUUACUUAGUUUUGGUUAAAAUGUAAGUAGUUUACAAUUGUGUGCGGUACAGAACCAUGCACCUUACAUGCUGCUCUCGGAUUCGUCAUAAUCACACGCGUAACCUUCUUUUUAUUGAUAUUAUCAUUUCAUAUUCCUGCUCCCAAGCCGAACACUGGCAUCUAAUAAUGCAAUAUCGUGUUUCCUGGUAAAAUGGGAAGAUUUACACCAAGCACAAAAUUAUGUUUAAAUAAAAUGUGUCGCAGUGUACAGAGCCCAUUUAUUUUGAGUGAAUGGAACAGAGAGAGAUUAUAAAAUAUGAAUGAACUAGUUAUGAUUUUUUUAGACAUCAACCACACUCACACAGACAUGCAGAGAGUUCCCAUGACUUUCACACUGCCAAUAUUGUGUUUUCUGUAUCAUAAUGUAGGGUAUGAAUAGAUAGAAUAAAAUAACUGUAAGGAAAUAAUCAUCUGGACCGUACAAUCAAACCUACCGUUGUUAAUAUUUUUUAUUGUUGGUAGCCAAUAUUUUUGUGAUUAAUUUGCAAAUAAAGAAACCACUGUCUUUUUA